AUGACAGACCUUACAGCUGUUCUGCCCGGAUUUCCGACCCAGCAAUACGCGCGACUCAUCCCUUCUCUCGAAAAGAAUCAAGUCACAACUGCCGACCUCCUUACUCUUGAUUGCGUUGAGAUAGCAAAACGCGCUCAGCUGCCUCUGCUCGAAAUCAAACGGUUAUGCAAGGCUAUUCUCGAAGCGGUGCAAACCGACCUGGGUGUCAACACGGGUAACGAGGCGCAACAAACAAAGACAUCGGCAUCGUUGAGGAGAACGGGCAAGGACGUCGUAAAUUCCUGGAACGCAAUCAGCACCCUCGAUGACCAACUUGACCUGGCCUUGGGAGGUGGUAUCCCUGUAGGAUACAUUACUGAACUCACGGGUGAAAGCGGUGCUGGCAAAACACAGUUCCUGUUAACUCUCCUUCUAUCCGUACAACUACCAUCCCCCCAAGGUCUCUCCGGCACUGCUCUCUACAUAUCAACCGAAAGCGCACUCCCUACCACGCGUCUCUCCCAGCAACUCCGUUACCACCCUGUCCUGCACUCUGCAGAUCCAAAACCUACCCUCGACGCGAUAAUCAGCAUCGUAACCCCCGACCUCGAAUCCCAAGACCAUAUCCUGCGCUACCAAGUACCCGUGGCUAUUCGGCAGUAUGGAAUUCGUCUCGUCGUCCUUGACUCCGUGGCUGCGAACUAUCGUGCCGAAUUCGAGCGCCAAGGGGCUGGCGGUGUUAUCGGACAGAGUGGGGCAAAUAUGGCACAGCGAAGUUCAGAGUUGGUCAAGUUGGGCCAAUUGCUGAGGGACCUUGCAAGGGAAAAUAAUAUCGCAGUUGUGGUUGCCAACCAGGUAGCUGACCGAUUCUCAGGUCAUGGGGGAAUCAGUAGUAUUGGGUCACAGAGAGCUACACAGAGCAGUCCGCUUGCAAGGAGAAACGGCGGUAUCCCCCCCAGUUCAACGCCAACGUCGAGUAUAUCUACGACCGUGGAACUUGGUAGUGGAACCCCUACUCCGAUAUCAUUCACAACGAGUACAAUCGAUCCCAUGUCACUGGAUCAUCAACAACGAUGGUUUACAGGUUGGGGCGAUGAUCCGCAUCCUUCCUAUUUAUCGUCGAAGAAUCUUAAAACACCAAGUUUGGGAUUGAUUUGGACGACCCAAGUAGCAUGCCGGAUCGCAUUGAUCAAGAGACCAGUGUAUGGGCCAGGCUUGGUGGCGGAUGAGGGGAACGAGAGGGGUGAGGCAGUUUUGAAAAGGUGGAGGAGAUGGAUGAAAGUUGUGUUUGCUCCGCAUGUAGGCCCUACUGGGCCUGGAGUGGAACGUGCUGUGGAGUUUGAGAUCAGGAGUGAAGGAGUACGAUCUGUUAAGCAGCAAGCAAAAGACGGAGUUGAAGUUGAUGGCAACGAUCUCCUCCCCUGA